AUGGGAGAUAUCAGAGCUUCUUUCUCUUAUUUUAAGAUUUUCUACAUUUUAUUUGUAAGAGCUAAUUAAAUAAAUUGGUUAUUAUGGCUUAUUAAUAAUGAAUUUUACAAAUUAAUACCAUGGAUGUUGUUUACUCUGAUAUAUUUUUUAAUCGUUUCCAUAUACUCUAUGAUAGCUUAUUAGGGAGUUUUUAAUUUUGGAGUCUUUGAAUUUUUACUAGUGACUUUACUCAAAAUAUUUAGUGUAGAAGAUUUAUACUUCUUAAUAAGAUUUAAAAAAUUCAAAUCUUAUUAUACUUCUUAUGAGAAUAACGGGUUAUUGCUAAGGUAUACAACUAUGCUUUUUUGUUUAUUUAUUUAGUUUUAUGCCAUAUUAUUUACUAUUAAUCCAUAUGAUACUAGUUGCUUAUAUCUGAUUCUACCUAUAAUUUCUUUUUCUUUUCUAUCUUACAUGUUUUAACUUGCUGUUACUCUAUAAGAAUUGCAGAUUUAUAAACUAAUAUCUCAAAUUAAAUUAAAAAACUUACUUACUUCAUCCUUUUAGUCUCUAGUUUUUUCUUGUAUUUCUAAUUAUUUAUAAAGAAAUGCAAAGGAAAUUCAUUACUUAUGGACAGCUAUUGUGCUAAGUGGCUAUGUGAUAAGUUUUUAUUUAAUUUUUAGAUACAGAAAUCGCAAGGUAGUUCAAAGAUUGAAUUAUUUGUUCCUCUUCAAAAUAAUAUUUGGGAUAAAUAUCGACUUACUUUAUUUAUACACAAAAAAAUCAGUAAAUAAGCUUAAAUAUUAUCUAGUAGACUUAGAUAAGUAUAUUUAAUACUAUUUUACAAUUGCUUCUAUUAUUAUGACCAUACUUUAUAUUUGGUAUAUUACAUUCAACUAUGACAAUUUACAAAAAGAAUUCAUUUAUCCUUGGCUCAUCUUACUGAUUCUUUAGAAUUUUAUAUACUACUACUUAUUUAAAAAAAACAUACUGAUUACAAUUUUUAAGGGACAGUAUAUUUUGCAUAUUUAUAAUGAGGAUUAGCUUGCUUAAUCCAUAAAAGAUUAUAAUAAUUAAAAUCUUAAAAAUACUAAAAUAAUCAUAAUAGACUUCGUAAGAAAUAACUCCUCUAUUUCAAUCUAGAACUGUCUACUGCAUGAAUUUGAAGGUUGCUAAAUUCUUAAUGUAAAUGGCAAUUAUAAAAGAGUAAAUAAAAAAUCUUAUAAUUUUUAAAAAGUAAAUUUAAACAAUGAUAUUAAUUUGUAAUAAUUAUAGCAAUAAUUGUAAAACAAACAAGUAUUAAAUUAAAUUAUAUCCAUAAAAAUAGAUAUACUAGAUGAUCUAACCUAUUUAAACAUGAUUAACGAAUUAAGAAAUCAUAAUUAACUGAUCAAAUUAACCUCAGAUAAAAAUGUUUUUGAAAGAAAUUUAAUCAAAGACAUUAGAAAAUAUAACUACGAAUAUCAUACAAUUUAUUAUAAAGUCAUAAUUUUAUAAAAUAUAGUAUUUAAAAAAAAUUUUGAUGAGUUUUUAACAGUAAAUCCAAAAUAUGUCUUCACUGAUUUAUCGUUGAUUGAGUGA